GUGCGUGUCUUUUAUCAACACUUCACUCACUUCCUGGUUUUUACAACCACAGUUUAACAAACACAGAAAAUGUGACUGUGUGUGUGUGUUCACACCCCCUCUCUCUGCGCGCACACACACACUUUCACACACACACAAACACCUCGAGCGUGUCUUUUAAGUUUCAGUGCACGCGCGCGCGUUUAUGUGUCCUGUAGAACCCGGCAGCAAAACCCCGCAGGUGAUGCGCGCGAACACACACACAGACACAGACACGGACAUACAGUAGCGUCACUGAGUUUUUACUUCACAGGCUACGAGACGCGGGAGGAACACACAGUCCGCGAAUGUGGACUCGUGGAUUUGUUCCGGAUUAACUAGAAGUCAGUUUCUGUUCACGUUGACACGCGCACAUUAUGUGUCUUCACUGAAGGACUCGUGUGGAAUUAGUCGCUGCACCGGGACUGGACUUUUUCCUUCUGUUUCUGCAGAAAACAUUGACACAGUCUGGAUCCGGACUUGUUCAGACACUUGAGGACAUGUCUCAUGGUUCGAGAGUUGCAUCAGGAUCAACCGCUGCACUAAGAGAGGACUUUACUGAGACUCAACUGACAAGAGUUUGUUCACCCAGAAGAACACUAGGGGUCUCCACUAGAGAUCUUGUCUCCGUUUUAAUGACUUAAUUCACUUCCACGACAACUUAGGCAGGUCCUGCCUCAGGCAGAGUCUCUCUGUCCCUCUUUCCUGUCAGGGACUUGUCCACUCGUUGGAGACUCCGAUAAUAAUACUCUACAAGAAGUUCUUGCUUCUUAAGAGACAGAGAAAUAACGCAAUCCUUGGUCCAUUUGUAUGAUUUUUUUUUACAGGGUCUCCACCUAUGGACCUAUCGUAGUUUGGCUACAGACAAUUCACAGAGAGAUUCUGCUUAUGGACUCGUCCUCAGCCUGUUGAUCUGGAUUUGAGGAUUUAUACCAAAACGUUUUCAUGUGAGUUUCUGCUCACAGAGAGACACAGACGUCGUCUCCAUCUCCAGUUGUGCACCUGUCCCACAGACUCGGUUCCUGGUCAUUCAGCUAUCGGUCACGAUGUCAGACUCGGCGUCCAGUUUCCUCCACAUUGGAGACAUUGUGUCUCUCUAUGCCGAGGGGACAGUCAAUGGUUUUAUCAGUACACUGGGGUUGGUAGAUGACCGGUGUGUAGUAGAGCCUGCUGCUGGAGAUCUGGAGAAUCCUCCAAAGAAGUUCAGAGAUUGCCUUUUCAAAGUAUGUCCCAUGAACCGAUAUUCAGCUCAGAAACAGUUCUGGAAGGCAAAACAGGCCAAACAUGAGAAGGACAAGAUCGGUGACGCGGUGCUUUUACAAAAACUGCAGCAUGCGUCGAACCUGGAGCAGAAACAGAACGAGACCGAAAACAAGAAGGUCCAUGGGGACGUUGUCAAAUAUGGAACUGUCAUCCAGCUUUUGCACAUGAAGAGCAACAAAUACCUGACGGUGAAUAAACGCCUACCUGCUCUGCUUGAGAAAAACGCCAUGAGGGUGACCCUGGACGCCACCGGAAAUGAAGGCUCCUGGCUCUUUAUCCAACCUUUCUGGAAGCUCCGCGCCAAUGGGGACAAUGUGGUGGUCGGCGACAAGGUGAUCCUUAAUCCAGUGAAUGCGGGUCAACCUCUGCAUGCUUCAAACUACGAAUUGAGUGACCACCCAGGCUGUAAAGAGGUGAACUCGGUGAACUGCAACACGAGCUGGAAAAUCAACCUGUUCAUGAUGUUCAGUGACCACAGAGAAGAAGUCCUCAAAGGAGGGGACGUGGUUCGCCUCUUUCACGCCGAGCAGGAAAAGUUCCUGACGUGUGACGAGUAUAAAAGUAAACUCCAUGUCUUCUUGAGGACCACCCUGAGACAGUCGGCCACAUCGGCAACCAGCUCCAACGCUUUGUGGGAGAUAGAGGUUGUCCAUCAUGACCCUUGUCGAGGCGGCGCAGGACAUUGGAACAGCCUGUACAGAUUCAAACACCUGGCAACAGGAAACUACCUUGCUGCUGAGGAGAAUCCAGGUUACAAAGGUGAUAACCCGGAGAUCUCAUCGUCAAUGGAAGGCAGCCGCAUUAGCAAGCGUUCUCACGGAGAGAGGAUCAAGUACAAACUGGUGGCGGUUCCUCACGGUAACGACAUUGCCUCGUUGUUUGAGCUGGACCCGACCACGCUGCAGAAGACUGACUCCUUCGUACCUCGAAACUCCUACGUACGUCUGCGACACCUCUGCACCAACACCUGGAUCCAAAGCACCAAUGUUCCCAUCGACAUUGAUGAGGAGAGACCCAUCAGGCUCAUGUUAGGAACGUGUCCCACUAAAGAGGACAAGGAAGCCUUCGCCAUCGUCUCUGUCCCCGUGAUGGAGAUCAGGGAUCUGGACUUCGCCAAUGACGCCAGCGCUAUGUUGAGCACUGUGGUUGACCAAUUCGGCCAGGGCUUUAUCAGCCAGAAUGACCGCAAAUUUGCCAUCAAGCUUCUGGAGGACGUGGUCUUCUUCGUGGCUGACGUAGUCAAUAGUGGUCAACCCGUUUUGGACGUGGUCAUGACCAAACCCAACAGGGAGAGACAAAAGCUGAUGAGGGAGCAGAACAUCCUCAAACAGAUCUUUGGGAUCAUCAAGGCUCCCUUUAAAGACAGGGGUGGAGGAGAAGGUCCACUGCUGUGUCUGGAAGAACUGGCUGAUCAGAAGAAUGCUCCCUACCAGUACAUGUUCAGAUUGUGUUACAGGGUUCUGCGACACUCCCAGGAGGACUACCGUAAAAACCAAGAACACAUAGCCAAACAGUUUGGUGUGAUGCAGAGUCAGAUCGGUUACGACAUCCUGGCUGAAGACACCAUCACCGCUCUGCUUCACAACAAUCGCAAACUGCUGGAGAAGCACAUCACCAAGACGGAGGUGGAGACCUUUGUCAGUCUGGUCCGAAAGAACCGAGAGCCCAGGUUUCUCGACUAUCUGUCAGACCUCUGUGUCUCCAACAAUGUGGCCAUUCCUGUGACCCAGGAGCUCAUCUGUAAGUGUGUGCUGGAUCCUAAAAACCAGGACAUUCUCAUCAAAACUGAGCGUCGCGAUCCAAAGGAGCCUCACGCAGGCGGGGGAGACGGCGAGUACAUGGGGAUGGAUGAUUAUGGCGAUGAAGAUGAGGUUUGGCUCGUUUGGACGGACAAGACCAAUGAGCAUCAGGAGAAGAGCAUUAGACAGUUGGCUCAGGAGGCCAGACAGGGAAACGCCCACGACGAGAACGUCCUCACCUACUACAGGUACCAGCUGAAGCUCUUCGCCCGCAUGUGUCUGGACCGUCAGUACCUUGCCAUCGAUGAGAUCUCCAAACAGCUGGAUGUGGAGCUUAUCUUCCUCUGCAUGAUGGACGAAACACUGCCCUUUGACCUGCGGGCCUCCUUCUGUCGCCUGAUGCUGCACACCCAUGUGGACAGAGAUCCUCAGGAGCUGGUGACGCCCGUCAAGUUUGCCCGUCUAUGGACUGAGAUCCCAACUUCAAUCACCAUCAAAGAUUACGAUUCCAACAUGGAUGACAGCAGAGACAACAAGAAGAACCGUUUUUCUAACACGAUGGCUUUCAUGGAGGAGUAUCUGAACAACGUCCUUAACGAGGAGCUGCCUUUUCACAACGAGGAGAAGAACAAGCUCACGUAUGAGGUGGUGAGCUUGGCCCGACAUCUCAUCUACUUUGGUUUCUACAGCUUCUUUGAGCUGCUCAGACUCACCAGAACCCUGCUGGGGAUCAUUGACUGUCGACCCAACCCUACCCACGCGGGGCUGUUGUUCCACGAUGAUGGAACAGGAAAGAACGUGAAGAGGUCCAUACACGGGAUGGGUCAGAUGAUGUCCACCAUGGUUCUUAACAGGAAGCAGUCCUUGUUUGGAGGCCCAGGUGCCAGAGGGUCAGUGCUCGAUGGGCAGAGAGGUGGGAAGGACAGUAUCGACAAGAUGAACUUGACCGUGAUGGACACCAAACUGAAAAUACUGGAGAUACUACAGUUCAUCCUGAAUGUUCGUCUGGACUAUCGUCUCUCCUUCCUUCUGUCUGUCUUUAAAAAAGAGUUUGUGGAUGUAUAUCCGAUGGAGGAUGCAGACGCCACCACCAACAUGGAGCAUGCAGCCACCAUUAACCUGCAGCGUAUCGGUGAACAGGCCGAGGCCAUGUUUGGAGUCGGUAAAGGUAACAGCAUCCUGGAGGUGGAUGAUGAAGGUGGUCGUAUGUUCAUGCGAGUGCUGGUUCACCUCACUAUGCAUGACUACCCACCUCUGGUGUCUGGAGCUCUGCAGCUUCUCUUCAGACACUUCAGCCAGAGACAGGAAGUGCUGCAGACCUUUAAACAGGUCCAGUUACUGAUCUCAUCUCAAGAUGUGGAGAACUACAAGCUGAUCAAAGCAGAUCUGGAUCGUCUGCGGACACUGGUGGAGAAAUCUGAGCUGUGGGUGGAGAAAAAGAACUCUGGAGGAGGAGAUGGGAAGAAGGACAAGAAAGAUAAGAAGGAUAUUGGAGAGGGGGCAUCAGAGGAAACAACACCUAAGAAGGAGAAAGCGGAGAAAGGCAAUGAAAACUACCAGAAAGUCAAAGAGAUACUGGAAAGACUGAAUAAAAUGUGCAGCACCGGAGUGUGGAAGAAGCAGCAGAGGCUGCUGAAGAACAUGGGAGCCCACAAGGUCAUGUUGGACCUUCUGCAGGUGUCCUAUGAUAAGAAUGACACAAAGAUGCUGGAGAUCAUCAGGUUCACUCACCUCUUCCUGCAGCGGUUCUGCAUGGGAAACCAGGAGAACCAGGCUCUGCUGCACAAGAACCUUAGCCUGUUCCUUACCCCAGGGAUGAUGGAAGCUGAGACUGUGCAGCACAUUUUCAGCAACAACUACCAGCUGUGCAGUGAAAUCUCAGAGAGUGUCCUGCAGCACUUCAUCCACUGCCUGGCCACGCACGGACGCCACGUUCAGUACCUCAACUUCCUGCACACCAUUAUUAAGGCCGAGGGCAAGUACGUGAAGAAGUGCCAGGACAUGAUCAUGACUGAGUUGACCAACGCCGGGGAGGACGUGGUGGUUUUCUACAACGACAAAGCUUCGUUCAAUGUCAUGUUGGAGCUGAUGGCGGAGAGCAGAGAGGGAGUGGCCGAGAACAGCCCACUCAGGUACCACAUCUCUCUGGUGGAGCUGUUGGCCGCCUGUGCUGAAGGAAAAAACGUGUACACGGAGAUAAAGUGCACAUCUCUGCUGCCGCUGGAGGAUGUGGUCAGAGUGGUGACACACGAAGACUGUAUCACUGAGGUGAAAGUGGCUUAUGUGAACUUUGUGAACCACUGCUACGUGGACACGGAGGUGGAGAUGAAGGAGAUCUACACGUCCAACCACAUCUGGAAGCUGUUUGAGGACUUUACAGUGGACAUGGCCAGAGUAUGUAACAAACGUGAAAAGCGUCUCUCUGACCCAGUCUUGGAGAAAUACAUCACCAACGUGGUGUUUGACACCAUCAAUGCCUUUUUCAGUUCCCCCUUCUCCGAGAACAGUACAUCACUGCAGCCCACCACACCAAUGACCCAGCUCCUCCAGUCUUCCGUCCGCCUCCUCGAUUGUCCGUGGCUCCAGCAGCAGCAAAGAUCUCUGGUGGAGACAUGCAUCAAGACCCUGGCAAUGACAGCCAAGAGUCGCUCCAUCUCUCUUCCUCUGGACCUGGAGUCUCACAUCAGCUCCAUGUUGUCGAGUUCUGCGCUCAACUCUCUGUCCCGCUCCAACCCAAACUACAAGUCCUUGUCUCGCACCACAAGAACCACUUCUCCCAGCAACCCCUGGGACUAUAAGAAUAUCAUCGAAAAGCUACAGGACAUCAUCAAUACUCUGGAGGAACGUCUGAAGCCUCUGGUAAAUGCUGAGCUCUCAGUUCUGGUAGAUGUUCUUCAUCAGCCCGAGCUGCUGUUUCUGGAGGGAACCGAUGCUCGGCAGCGCUGUGAGUCUGGAGGAUUUAUCUCCAAGUUAAUAAUGCACACCAAGGCUCUCAUGUCCUCAGAGGACAAGCUGUGUAUCAGUGUCCUGAGAACCCUGCAGGAGAUGUUGAUCAGGACUCUGGACUUUGAUGAAAAGGGAAUCUCUCUGAGGAAGGUAUUGCUGCAGAACUACCUGUUUCCAAACAAGAAGAACAAUCCCAAGACAGACCUGGCUGAGCUUGGAGCCGCAGGUGCGGAGCAGGAACGCGAUUGGACGAUGGUGGCAACGGUUCAGUGUCGUCUGGACCGCGAAGGAGGAACAAAGCUCUUCACUGAUCUGGUGAUGAGCACCAAGAAUGACAAGAUCUUCCUGGAGAGCAUCCAGCUGGCCAUCUGUCUGCUGGAAGGAGGAAACACGGAGAUACAGAACUCCUUCUACAAACUUAUGAUGGGCGACAACAAGUCGGAGAAGUUCUUUAAGGUUCUUCACGACCGGAUGAAAGAGGCACAGAAUGACAUCAAGGCCACAGUUUCAGUCAAUGUUGGUGAAAUGUCAAAUAAAGCCAAUGAGAAGGAGAUGGAAAAUGGAGGCCACCAGCUGCUUGUACAGGGUCAGUCUAUUGCUCCCGUAGGAAGCGCUGCGGUGCUGCCGGCUCAUCCAGCAACAGAACAGAAGGAGGUGGAGACGGAGAUGGGACCAGCCGUGACCAUCAUGAAGCCAAUCCUGAGGUUUUUGCAGCUUCUCUGCGAGAACCACAACCACGACCUACAGAACUUUCUACGCUGUCAGAAUAACAAGACCAACUACAACCUGGUGUGUGAGACUCUGCAGUUCCUGGACAUCAUGUGCGGGAGCACCACUGGAGGUCUGGGUCUGCUGGGCCUCUACAUCAACGAAUCAAAUGUCCACCUCAUCAUCCAGACCCUGGAGACCCUCACAGAGUACUGUCAGGGCCCGUGUCAGGAGAACCAGACGUGCAUCGUUACCCACGAGUCCAACGGCAUCGACAUUAUCACGGCGCUGAUCCUGAACGACAUCAGCCCGCUGUGUAAAUACAGAAUGGAGAUGGUUCUGCAGCUGAAGGACAACGCUUCCAAACUGCUGCUGGCUCUAAUGGAAAGUCGUCAUGACAGUGAGAACGCCGAGAGGAUCCUCUUCAACCUCCGCCCUCGAGAACUGGUCACUGCUUCACUUUGUCUUUUUCACUUCUGUUUCUUCAUUUAUUUUUUGGCCCGACACAACAAAGGCCUGCAGAAUAUCCUGAAACCACCGAAGAAGAGCAAAGAAGGAGAAGAGGGAAUCUCCUCCAUGCUGAACUUAAACAAUCGCCCCCUGUCACAGAUGUUGAAGUCCACGGCUCCAGCUGUAGAAGUGGAGGAAGAUCCUCUGGAGUUCUAUGAACAGCUAACUGCUCAAAUAGAGAUUGUGCGUGAAGAUCGCAGCAUGGAGCAGAUUGUAUUUCCCGUUCAUCCCAUUUGUGAGUUUUUGACCGAGGAGUCGAAGUGCAGGGUCUUCAACACCACGGAGCAAGAUGAGCAGGGGUCAAAGGUCACACAUUUCUUUGAACAAACGUCCUUCCUGCACGGAGAGAUGGAGUGGCAGAAGAAACUCCGGAGUAUGCCAGCCUUGUACUGGUUUUCAAGGAGGAUGACUCUGUGGGGGACCAUCUCCUUCAACCUGGCUGUGUUUGUUAACCUCAUCAUUGCUUUCUUCUACCCCUACAACUCUGGACAAGCCGGGGCGAUUGACGACUCCUUGCUGCUGAUGCUGUUCUGGAUCCUGACGGGUCUCUCGGUUCUGUGUUUGUUCUCUCAGCGUUACGGCCUCCAGCCUCUAACUAUCGCUCUGAUCCUAAGGUCUAUUUAUCACCUGGGCAUUGGAAACACACUCAUCCUGCUGGGAUCACUUAAUCUUCUAAACAAAGUGGUGUUUGUGGUGAGUUUUGUGGGAAACAAUGGGACCUUCAUCAUGGGCUACAAGGCCAUGGUGAUGGACGUGGAGUUCCUUUACCACCUUGGCUACGUCCUAACGUCCACACUGGGACUGUUUGUCCACGAGCUCUUCUACAGCCUCCUGCUGUUCGACCUGAUUUACAGAGAAGAGACUCUCUUCAACGUGAUCAAGUCAGUAACUCGUAACGGCAGGUCAAUCCUGUUGACGGCACUACUCGCCCUCAUCCUGGUCUACCUCUUCUCCAUUGUGGGCUUCCUCUGCCUGAAGGAGGACUUCAUCAUGGAGGUCGACCAACUGCCACAGAUCGCUGCAGAUACUCCUCAGAGUGAGGCCUCUCAGGUUUUCAUGGACUCAUGUUCUUCAGAUGGCGUUAGUUGCACCUCAGAAGCUGGCAUUGCUGCAGAUGGUGAAGACGAGCCGAGCACAGAGCGAGCCUGUGACACUCUGCUCAUGUGCAUCGUUACUGUGUUGAACCACGGACUGAGGAACGGAGGAGGAGUGGGCGAUGUGCUACGAAAACCAUCAAAGAAUGAGCCGCUGUUUCCUGCUCGCGUUGUCUACGACCUCCUCUUCUACUUCAUUGUCAUCAUCAUUGUCCUGAACCUGAUCUUCGGCGUGAUCAUCGACACGUUCGCCGACCUGAGGAGUGAAAAGCAGAAGAAGGAGGAGGUCCUAAAGACCACCUGUUUCAUCUGCGGUCUGGAGAGAGACAAGUUUGACAACAAGACGGUGUCAUUUGAGGAGCACGUGAACCUGGAACACAACAUCUGGAACUAUCUGUACUUUAUAGUCCUGCUGAGAGAGAAGAACAGGACAGACUACACGGGACCAGAGAGCUACGUGGCCCACAUGAUUAAGAACAACAACCUGGAUUGGUUUCCUCGGAUGCAGGCAAUGUCUUUGGUAGUGACUGACGGCGAUGGAGAGCAGAACGAGAUGAGGAUUUUACAGGACAAACUGGCAGCUACCAUGAAGGUGGUGACAACACUGACGAGUCAACUGAACGAACUGAAGGAGCAGAUGACAGAGCAGAGGAAGAGGAGACAGCGAAUGGGAUUUGUGGACGUUCAGUCUGGGGCCAGUGCUGCACUGCCCCCUUCUGCUGCAGGAGGGAACCACCAGAUUUACAAAUCUUAAAUUAUAUUAGGAUGUCUGAUCAUAUGAUCAGAUGGUUUUUUUAAAAACAAUAGCUGGACUGAUAUUGACAUCAGAGAGAAAACACUACAAGUGCAACUUGUGGAACUCAUCUAUUUUGAAAGAAAAAAAAAAGUGUAAAAUGUGAUUAAAAAAUAAAUUGAAAAAAAAAAAAAAGGAGCCACUGAUGGGCACCACAAGACAUGCAGUUGAUAUCAUAUUUGCUUAAGUUAAAUUAUUUGUAAAAUUUUGUUUAAAUAAUAUGAAUUAGUUUGUGUUUUUAGGUUAUGAUUUGUGUAUUAGCUCAUAUGUUGCUAGCAUUGUGGCUAAUAUAAUUGCAGUUUCAUAUAUAUAAUUUUGAAAUAUUUUGCUACGGUUUCAUUAUUUUCUACAGUAACCUAAGAUGUUUUUGUCACAUGUUGUUGCCGUUAGUCUAUUUGCUAAAUUAAAACGUAACUAGUUCUUAAUAUGCAAUGUUUUAUUAGAAAUAAUUUUAAGGCUACCUUUGAAUUUUUAAUGUGUUUUGCUCAUCAUGUUUACUUGAAAACAGAAUAUCCUUUUAACUGUCUAAUUCAUUGGAAACACCAUUGGCCAAAUUUGAAAGAAUCUGUUUAAGAUAUUUUACAGUAAGAAAAUGUAAGUAAAUGGUAUUAUUUGUUUUGAAAUUAAAGCUUCGUCGAUACAAAA